AUGAGUGGUAAAGAAUUCAGCUUGCCCUACUCCAUGGGCGAGCAGGAGCUUGAAGAGGGGCUUGUCAAAGACAUAGGAGAGAAGUCGAGUACGAUGCGUGCAUCCAAAAAAGCCAACGCUGCGUACGGCCACGAUUCAGGAGAUGCGUAUUCAAAUACUUUUAAACCACAUCAACAUCAAUCAUUGGUGCUGAGAACUAAGGCCAACUUGAACUCUGCAUGGAGAGAAGUGCAGGAGUACGUUGCCGAACACAAGAGAAUUCUGGUGGCGAUUCUUGCAUUGUUGUUUUUAUCAUUGUUCACUUCUGCUCCAUUGAUACCUCAUAUUCAAUUAAGUGAUCCUAAAGUUGUUAUUAUUUUGGCAGCAAAUGAAGGAGGUGGAGUAUUGAAAUGGAAGGGUCCACAAGAAUGGUCGGUGGAAAGAUCGUCCAUUGCCAACAAGAAACAAUAUGCCAAGAGACAUGGAUAUGGACUUACAAUAAAGGAUAUGACCAUUAAAAAGAGAUAUUCACAUGAAUGGAGAGAAUCAUGGGAAAAGGUAGAUAUCAUGAAACAAACCAUGAGACAAUACCCAAACUCCGAAUGGUUCUGGUGGCUUGAUUUGCAUACAUAUAUCAUGGAACCACAACUUUCCUUGGAAGAACAUUUCUUGGAUCAUUUAGAGAAUGCCACUUAUAGAACUUUGGAGACUUUCAACCCGUUAAACCUCCCGGUUGAUAUCCCAUAUACUGAUUAUAGUAGUCCAAUUGAUAUGGUGAUCACUCAGGAUUGUGGAGGAUUCAAUUUAGGGUCCUUUUUAAUGAGAAGAUCAUCAUGGUCAGAAAUGCUUUUAGAUGUAUGGUGGGAUCCUGCAUUGUACGAACAAAUGCAUAUGCAGUGGGAACAUAAGGAACAAGAUGCAUUGGAAACUUUAUUUACCACACAACCUUGGAUUAGAGAAAGAAUUGGGUUUUUACCAUUGCGUACCAUCAAUGCAUUCCCACCAGGAGCAUGUUCUGAUAAGGCAGAUGAUCCUCAAUAUUUCUUCAAAAACAAUGAUUUCGUUAUAAAUAUGGCUGGUUGUGAAUGGGGUAGAGAUUGUUGGGGAGAAAUGGAGCAUUAUAAAGCUUUGUCUAAGAAAUUACAUCGUAAAUGGUGGCAUUUCUGGUAG